AUGGCGCAAACCAGAUAUUUCAGCCAACAUGAUGCCAACACCAAUGGAGAGCCCCCUUCUUCCAACGCCGCCCUAACGCUUGCUUAUCGCACAUUCGGCAACCCCGCAAACCCUGUGGUCUUCAUCCCCUCAUGCUUCUCCGGAAAGCUAGACACCACACUGACCUUUCUGUACCUCCCAUCCGCUGACAACACCCCGCCUGUGCUGCAAGACUACUUCUGCAUCGUCUGUGGCCUGCUUGGCGGGAGGCGAGUCGUCGUCCCCGUCAAAUUCUCCCGAUUCUCUCCGCGGCCCACGCACGCACUGUGCCUCAGCCUGGGCGUCACAAAGCUUUACGCGUACAUCGGGUUCAGCAUGGGCGGGCAGCAGGCGUACCACAUGGCCGUGCUCUUCCCCCAGUUUGCUGACCGUGUUGUGGUCAUCGCUGCGUCGGCGCGGACGAGUUGGCACAACUAUUCGUUCCUCGAGGGCCCCAAGGCCGCGCUCGUCAACAGUGUCGACUUCCAUGACGGAAAUUAUCAGACGCCUGCUGUCCGGGGAACUCGGGCUUUCGCGCGGGUCUACGCGACGUGGGCACUUUCACAGGCGUGGUUUCGCGCGCAUAGCUGGGAGACGCUGGGAUAUAAGGACCUAGAGGAGUAUCUUCGUGUCGUGUGGGAAGGAGGACGGGGAGGCUGGGAUGCCCAUGACCUAUUGGCCAUGAUUCACACAUGGCAGGGCGGUGAUAUAUCCCAAUUCGGGCCGGAGGAGGAUAAGGGCGAUUUGGCGAAAGCCCUAGGACGAAUUCAGGCCAGGGUACUCCUCAUGCCGAGCCGCAGCGACUUUUAUUUCCCUCCAGAGGACAGCGCAGAAGAGGUAAAAUAUCUGAAGCAUGGCGAACUUCGCGUGAUUGAGAGCAUUUGGGGUCACAUUGCCGGCGGGGGAGGAGGAACGAAAGAGGACAACGAGUUUAUCAAAGCUGAGAUAAAAAGAUUCUUGACAAGUUAA